CACAGAUGACCUGAGCCGGCAGUAUCUCAUCGCUGAUUGCAACGAACAGUUCACUCGAAAAUGGAAUCAUACACCUUUGUUUUACUGCUGCUAAUUGGCUGCCUGAUUGUUGGAUGUUGCAUGGCUGCGCCUCAAGGAUGCAAUGGCGGCUUUUAUUCCACCAACGGCAACCUGGUGAUCGACAUAAACAGAAUUCAGGAUCACCUCAACUGUGUCAACCGGCAGCAUCAAAAUCGUGGAUAACUCCCUCAGCUGGUUUUUAAUCUUGUACAUAUAAAUAUAUAUAUAAAAAACAGAGUGCAAUGCAAAAAACACCGAAAAAUGCUCAAUAAAAUCAUCUAAUCUAACCACAAUUGACACUAAUUUGAAUUGGUACGACUAUUUGUCGAUAAACAACUGCUAAUGCAGGUCGAGUGUUUAGCGCACGUGGGCUUUGGAUAAACAACAUUUCGUAUUCGUGAUUUUAAUAACCCGCACAUGUUGGGGUCUCAAAUAAAAAUAUAAUAUAGGUUUUA